AUGGCUAAGAUGACUUUCGAGUUAAACCUAAAGUCUACACCCGCGGCCCGGCUCGGCGGAGGCGCCGCCACGCUCCUCGCCCAGGCCAGGCCCAGCUCGGCCCAGAGGCGCUCGUCUCCGGCCGGUUCGCCCCCCGCCAUGGAUCCCGCCCUGAGGAGGGCCCGGGGGGAGGCCGGCGAGGGCCGGCCGCAGGAGGAAGAGGAAGAAGUGGACCCCCGCAUCCAGGGCCUCGCGCGGUUUCUGCGGGGCCGCCUCGGCAGCUCGCCGGCGCCGGGGGCUCGCUCCCCGUUGCGAAGGGGCGCGUCGGAGGCCGGGGCUGGCACGUGCGAGCGGGCGGCCCUUCUCUGCGGCUCGGGAGCCCCCCGGGGUGGCGCCGGUGCAGCGAGCCUGGCUGCGGACGGGGACGUUUCCAUCCCCGGUCCCAGCUUUAUUUGGCUGCGGCAGGUCGAGAUGCUGUGCCUGGGUUUCAUUGUGUCUUGUUUCUUGGCUUUCUUCCAGGGGGAGCUCGAAAAGUUGAAUCAAUCCACAGAUGAUAUCAAUCGGAGAGAAACCGAGCUUGAGGAUGCACGCCAGAAAUUUCGUUCGGUCCUGGUUGAAGCGACAGUAAAGCUAGAUGAACUUGUGAAGAAGAUUGGUAAAGCCGUAGAAGACUCCAAACCGUAUUGGGAAGCAAGGAGAGUUGCCAGGCAGGCGCAACUGGAGGCCCAGAAAGCCACACAGGAUUUCCAGAGGGCCACGGAAGUGCUGCGGGCUGCUAAAGAGACAAUUUCCCUCGCGGAGCAGCGGCUGCUGGAGGACGACAAGCGUCAGUUUGAUUCCGCCUGGCAAGAGAUGCUCAACCAUGCUACCCAGAGGGUCAUGGAGGCAGAACAGACGAAAACCAGGAGCGAGCUGGUGCACAAGGAGACGGCAGCCAAAUACAACGCUGCCAUGGGUAGAAUGAAACAGCUGGAGAAGAAACUUAAAAGAGCUAUAAAUAAAUCCAAGCCUUAUUUUGAACUCAAGGCAAAAUACUAUGUACAACUGGAGCAAUUAAAGAAGACUGUGGAUGAUCUUCAAGCAAAGCUAUCCUUGGCAAAAGGUGAAUACAAAACAGCCUUGAAGAAUCUGGAGAUGAUCUCUGACGAGAUCCACGAGAGGAGACGGGCCUCUUCUAUGGGGCCCAGAGGAUGUGGGGUGGGUGCAGAAGGCAACAACGUGUCAACGGAAGACCUCGUGGUGUGCAAACUGGAAUCUGAUAAUAUCUCUAUGGCUUCAGAAGUAUUUGAGGACGAUAACUGCAACAGCUUUGUGUCUGAAGAAGACUCUGAAACCCAGUCCGUAUCCAGUUUUAGUUCGGGUCCAACAAGCCCUUUGGACAUGCCGGCUCAGUUUCUCCCAGUGGUACGGCCUAGAAGUCUGGAUCUCUCCAGCCCCAUCUCGCUAUCCGAAUUUGGGAUAUUUCCUCUACUAGGACCUCGAAGUGAAUGCAGCGGGGCUUCCUCUCCUGAAUGUGAAAUUGAAAGAGGAGACAGGGCGGAAGGGGCAGAGAACAAGACUCUCGACAAAGUGAACAAGAACAGGAGCACCAGCACCAGCUCUUCUUCCAGUGGGCCAACAUUGGAUAACCGGAUGAAGCAGCUCUCCCUACAGUGUUUGAAAGUCAAAGAUGGGAUUUGUGCGGACAGAAAAACAGUGCAGAUUGGUUGAGCGCCUGUCCUGUUUGGGUCUCGAGACAAAUCCUAAAUUAUUUAUACACAAACCUCUUCUGAAUGCCAGAAGAACCUUGUGCCAAUAACUAUUUAAUAUAUGCCAAAUCUUUUAAGCGUUUACUCCUUAAACUGCACUAAGAGUUACAUCAGUGUUGAGAGCUCAAGUUGUAUGUUUGUUUU